AUGGGGUCGCUGCAUAUUACACCGGCUCAGAAAGAGGGUAUCUCUACAGAUGCCAAGGCAGAAUCACAGCAGCCCCUUAUUAGGCAGAAAAGACUCUUCUCCUUUCUACUCUCUAAAGAUAUCCCUCCAAUCCCUUCUCCUGAUGAGCGGAAAGUCUAUCCAGAAAAGCAUACAAAUCCACUCUACUACGUGCUUUUCUGGUGGCUUACACCAAUACUUGAGGUAGGUUACAAGCGUACUCUUCAGGCCGAGGAUAUGUACAUUUUAGAUGAACCUCAGAAAAUCGAGUAUAUAUAUGCAAAGUUUCACAAGUAUCUUGAAAACGAAAUAGCCAAGAGUCGAAAGGGCAAAGGCGAAGCAGAAGGCGAACAGACAAACUCUGAUAGCGAUUCUGACUCCAUCUCAAAGAUCCCUACAAAGAUCUUGUUGGUCGCUAUAAUGAAGACUUUCUGGUUCGACUACACUCUUGGAAGUCUGGAGUUACUCGCUUCCGACAUUAUAUCUACACUUAUGCCUUUACUACAGAAAAAGCUUACCAAUUUUGUCGAAUUGAAGGCUUUUGGAGUAUCCGUUGAUAUGGGGAAAGGUAUUGGAUAUGCGAUAGGCUGCUGCUUUAUGGUGCUUGCGACUGGUCUUUUUGUAAACCACUUCUUCUACCAGUCUAUGUGUGUUGGUGCCAAGACUAAAGCUAUUCUUACCAAACUUUUACUCGAGAAAAGCUAUCAUUUGGAUGCAAAAGGCCGUCAUGAUUUUCCCACUGGUAAAAUCACUUCUCUAAUGAGUACAGACUUGAAUAGGAUUGAUUUGGCCCUUGGAUUCAUGCCGUUUGUUUGCGUUGCCCCAGUUCCUGUCAUCAUUGCCAUCGCCUUAUUGAUCGUUAACAUCGGUGUUGCAUCUUUGGUGGGUAUCGCCGUCUUUGUGAUCAGUAGUGUAAUGCUAGGUGCUACCAUAAGCACGUUGAUGUCUCUCAGAACAAAGGCCAACAAAUAUACUGAUAGCCGUGUUAGUUUGACCAAAGAGUUCCUUAAGAACUUCAAAAUUAUUAAGUUCUACAGUUGGGAGGAGUCCUAUAAAAAGAGACUUGGCAGUAUUAGGGAAAAGGAGAUGCAUUAUGUGCUAAACUUGCAGAACCUCAGAAAUAUCGUUAUCGCCUAUGCCAUUUCUUUGCCUACUAUUUCUUCCACUGUUGCAUUCUGUGUUCUUUACGCCAUGAACUCGAAUCGUUCCGUUGGUGACAUCUUUUCCUCGUUGACUUUAUUCCAAGUCUUGGCUAGUCAAUUUAGCAUGAUUCCAAUGGCGUUGGCUGUUGGUACUGAUUUCUUCAUCGGCUUGAGAAGAAUCGCCGAUUUUAUAUCUGCUGGCGAGGUUCCUCUUGAAGGGGAUAUUCCUGAGGUGUUGGAUGAUCCUGACCUAGCAUUGAAAGUGGUCGAUGGUAACUUCAAAUGGCAAGAAUUCGAAGCUGAUAGUGAUGAGGAAGACGAAGAUGAAGACAAAAACGAAGGUGAGAGCAGCAAGAAGACCAAAAAAUGCUUAGUUCGCAGGCGUGACACGAAUCCCGCAUCAGCCACUGAUACUUCAUCUUCCAAUUUUGAAAAAUCUAAUAGCUUGGAUGUCGAACGGGAAGCUCUUAAAUUUCAUGGUUUGAAGAAUGUCAAUCUUGAAAUUAAGAAAGGUGAAUUGGUUGUGAUUACCGGCCAAAUCGGAUCCGGUAAAUCAUCUCUUCUAAAUGCAUUGGCCGGCUUUAUGCACAAGGAAUCGGGAACCGUCUUUUGUAACGGAAACUUAUUACUCUGCGGAUAUCCAUGGGCUCAGAAUGCUACAGUAAGAGAUAAUAUCACAUUUGGCCGUCCCUUUGAUAGACCUUGGUACAGUGAAGUUGUGCAUUCCUGCUGCCUUGAAGACGAUCUCAAAAUGCUUCCUGGUGGCGACAAUACGGAGGUUGGCGAACGUGGUGUUACUCUUUCUGGUGGCCAAAAAGCCCGUGUGAACUUGGCCCGUGCCAUUUAUGCCAAGAGUGAUAUAAUUCUAUUGGACGAUGUGCUAAGUGCGGUGGACGCAAAAGUUGGAAAAUUAAUCAUGAAGCGUUGCAUUAUGGGGUUGUUGAAGGAUAAGACAAGAAUUUUGGCAACACAUCAAUUGUCGUUGAUUGGGGCAGCCGAUAGAAUGGUUUUCCUAAACGGAGAUGGCUCUUUGGAUGUUGGAACUAUGGAUGAAUUACUAAAUCGAAACGAGAAUUUCAUUAAUUUGAUGAAGUUUAGUAACGAUGAAAGUAAGGAGGGAAGAAAUAAUGAUGGUACAGACGGUAAAGACGACGAUCAAUUGCGCAGAAUCCGGACUCAGAUGGUCAAUGACUACGAGAAGGUAAGCAUUGUUCGGGAUGAGGAAAGGGCUGUUAAUGAGAUCCAUCUGAGUGUCUACCAAAGUUACUUGAAGCAAGGCUCUGGGUUCUUCAAGUCUGCAUAUUUGCCAAUAUUGCUCACCUCGAUGAUCCUAGCAACAUUCUGCUCGAUUUUCACCAGUAAUUGGCUUUCAUUCUGGGCGGAGGACAAAUUCCCUGGCCGUAGCAGUCAUUUUUACAUGGGAUUAUAUCUUAUGUUUACCUUCUUGGCCGUUAUCUUUUUGACUGCCGAAUUUACUAUGUUGGUAUACUUCUCAAAUACUGCCUCCAGGCGUAUGAACAUUCUGGCUAUGGGUCGUAUGAUCCAUGCACCGAUGUCAUACAUUGAUACCACACCUAUGGGACGUAUAUUGAACAGAUUCACUAAGGAUACCGAUGUCUGUGAUAAUGAGUUGGUGGAGCAGUACAGAAUGUUUAUCAAUCCUUUCUGUACCAUUGCUGGCACUAUCAUCAUGUGUAUUAUUUACCUUCCUUGGUUUGCCAUUGCAGUUCCUGGCUUAGUUAUUAUCUAUGUUGCUGUUGCUAAUUUCUAUCAGGCUAGUGCUAGAGAGGUGAAGCGGCUGGAGGCAUUACAAAGAUCGCUUGUGUUUAAUCAUUUUGGUGAAGCUCUAGGUGGUAUGGAUACUGUCAAAGCGCACAAGGCUUCUCAUAGGUUUUUGUCACAUUUAAACGAACUCAUUGAUAACAUGAAUGAAGCAUACUUCCUUACCAUCGCCAACCAGAGAUGGUUGUCGAUCAACUUGGACUUGGUGGCCACGAUUUUGUCGCUCAUCAUUACUUUACUCUGUUGCUUCCGAGUUUUUGACAUUAGUGCUGCGUCUACCGGUUUGUUGUUGACUUAUGUACUUACAAUGUCCGGUCUUCUCUCGAUGAUGCUUAGAUCAUUGACUCAAAUUGAAAAUGAGAUGAAUUCUGUUGAAAGAUUAAAUUAUUUCGCUGUGGAUUUGAUCCAGGAGCCUCCUUACGAGAUUCCGGAGACAGAUCCUUCACCGAAAUGGCCCGAGAGAGGUAGAAUCGUGUUUGAUAAUGUUUCUCUUAGAUACAGACCGGGGCUUCCUUACGUUUUAAAGGCAAUUAGCAUGGAUAUAAAACCUCAAGAGAGAGUUGGAUUCUGUGGAAGAACAGGUGCCGGUAAGUCGACUAUAAUGUCUUGUAUGUAUCGCCUUGUUGAGUUUGAAGGUAAGAUUUACAUUGAUGAUGUUGAUAUCAGCACUUUGGGUUUACACAAAUUAAGAUCGAGGUUGUCUAUCAUCCCUCAAGACCCUGUGUUAUUCGCCGGUACUAUCAGAGAGAAUUUGGAUCCGUUUAAGGAGAAGACGGACAAUGAAUUGUGGGAUGCAUUGAGAAGAGCCGGACUUAUCGAAGAGGAUGAAAUGGCGUCAGUGAAAGAGCAGAAAAGAGGCGACGAGAAUCUUUUCAAAUUUCAUCUUCAGCAAUUUGUUGAAGACGACGGUAUUAACUUUUCCCUUGGUGAAAGGCAGUUGUUGGCUUUAGCUAGGGCCCUUGUUAGACAGAGUAAGAUUUUGAUUUUGGAUGAGGCCACUUCGAGUGUCGAUUAUGAGACGGAUGCGAAAGUUCAAAAAACCAUUGCUACAGAGUUCUCAGAUUGUACGAUUAUGUGUGUUGCACAUAGGUUGAGGACUAUUAUAUCUUACGACAGAAUUGUGGUUUUGGAUCAUGGUGAGAUCAAGGAAUUUGAUAAGCCAUUGAACUUGUUCAAAAAUAAAGAAGGCAUCUUUAGAUCGAUGUGCGAUCAAUCUCAAAUAGCAGAAGAGGAUUUUGUUUAA